CCGCUCCCUUCUCAAAGAACGCGCGGUGGUUCGCGGCAAGAGCGGCCCGAGCCCCUCGGGCCGGCAGCCGCAGGGUUUCGCGGCGCCGGCUGGCGCUCCAGGCCGAUGGAUGCCGACAGGGCCGGCCUGCGGCUUUCGCGGACCCCGACGGAGCCGCAGCGCAUGACGCGGCUUUACGACCCAGCGAUUUUCUCCACGCACAGCAAGUUGAACGGAGUCAAGAACCGGAGUGGUGGCUACGACGAUCCUUGGCGCCCGCCGAAGACAACAAGCACCGUCCGCGUCCUGCACAACACGAGCAAGAUCGUGGACACCGAAACGCGAUACAGGCUUGCUUCCACUUGUUACAACUGGAUGAAGAACAAUCCAGAUAGGAGAACGCCCCAGGGAACCGAGGAGCCGUUGCCCAGGCUGCACACCUCGGCCUCGGCGCCGUCGCUGGUCAGGGAGCGGCAGCCCUUCCUGCCGCCCUGGGCCACGCAGGCACAGUGGGCGCAGGUCACGAAGCCGCAGGUGCACUGGUGGCAGGUGUCGUGA